AUGCCACACCGGAAGUGCAGACCAUUUGCUUGUCGUUUGUUGAGCGAACUACUGCUACGCUUGCUGUGUUAUGGUUAUGAGUCUGCCUCCCGAGGAGGUGGCCAUGAGCUGUGCUACGGGGUCGUGCCCACCAGCCGGAGGAUGGGUGCUGCAGGAACAAAUUUCUUUUGUCUGAGGAUGGCUGUGUCCCUUGCAGGCCGCACACAUCCAGGCUUGAGUGGUGAAGUUGCCUUUGUGGACGUUGAUGAAGGCAAGUUGACUGGCGAGACAAUGGCUCUUCAACAUGGCAGCCCUUUCAGGAAAAUGCCUAACAUUGUUUCUAGCAAAGUGGAUAUCUUAACCUAUGUAGCCUGGAAGUUGUAUGGGUUUUCCAAAAACCGUGUUAGUGGCAGUGGCUGUAAUCUGGACACUGCCUGUUUCUGUUCUGGGCAGAGGCUUGGUAUGCAUUCUGGAAGCUGUCAUGGGUUGGUCCUGGGAGAGCACGGAGACUCAAGUGUUCCUGUGUGGAGUAGAGUGAACAUUGCUGGGGUCUCUCUGAAGGAUCUGAACUUAGACACAGGAACUGACGAAGAUCCCGAGCAGUGGGAAAAUGUCCAGAGAAACAGUUGCCAGAGUGGUUCCGAGAUGAUUAAAAAGAAAGGAUAUACUUCUUGGGGGGUUUCCCUAUCUGUAGGGGAUUUAAUGGAAAGUAUUUUGAAGAAUCUUAGGAGACUAUAUCCAGUUUCCACCAUGAGUAAGAAAAUUCUGUUCUACUUAGCUGAGCUCUGCAUGAAACAGAGCUCACGCGGUGGUCACGAACUCACCAGGAAGACUGGCUUCAAAUGCCCCUAA